AAAAGAAGAAAAAGAAGGAAACGGGGGAGGGGGGUGCGAGGCCGCCCCGCCGGCCCAGGAGGCAGGAUGAGCAUCGAGAUCCCCGCGGGACUGACGGAGCUGCUGCAGGGCUUCACGGUGGAGGUGCUCCGGCAUCAGCCCGCGGACCUGCUGGAGUUCGCGCUGCAGCACUUCACGCGCCUGCAGCAGGAGAACGCGCGCUUCGGCCCGGAGGGCAGGACCUGGGGGGACGCCGUCGGGGGCGGCACCCCCAGCAAGGGGGUCAACUUCGCCGAGGAGCCGGCGCACACCGACUCGGAGAACGGGGAGGAGGAGGAGGAGCCGGCGGCGGUUCCAGAUGCCGGGGCGUUCAACGCUCCAGUAAUAAACAGAUUCACACGGCGUGCUUCAGUAUGUGCAGAAGCUUAUAAUCCUGAUGAAGAAGAAGAUGAUGCCGAAUCCAGGAUUAUACACCCCAAGACUGAUGAUCAAAGAAAUCGGUUGCAAGAGGCCUGCAAAGACAUCCUGCUCUUUAAGAAUCUGGACCCGGAGCAGAUGUCUCAAGUAUUAGAUGCCAUGUUUGAAAAAUUGGUCAAAGAAGGGGAACACGUAAUUGAUCAAGGUGAUGAUGGUGACAACUUCUAUGUAAUCGAUAGAGGAACAUUUGAUAUUUAUGUGAAAUGUGAUGGCGUUGGAAGAUGUGUGGGUAACUACGAUAAUCGUGGGAGUUUUGGCGAGCUGGCCUUAAUGUACAAUACACCCAGAGCAGCUACGAUCACCGCUACCUCUCCUGGGGCUCUGUGGGGUUUGGACAGGGUAACCUUCAGGAGGAUAAUUGUAAAAAAUAAUGCCAAAAAAAGAAAAAUGUAUGAAAGCUUUAUUGAGUCACUGCCAUUCCUUAAAUCAUUGGAGUUUUCUGAACGCCUGAAAGUGGUAGAUGUGAUAGGCACCAAAGUAUACAACGAUGGGGAACAAAUAAUUGCUCAGGGAGACUCAGCUGAUUCCUUUUUCAUUGUAGAGUCUGGGGAAGUGAAAAUUACUAUGAAAAGAAAGGGUAUAUCCGAAGUGGAGGAGAAUGGUGCAGUGGAGAUUGCUCGGUGUUCUCGGGGCCAAUACUUUGGAGAACUUGCUCUGGUAACUAACAAACCUCGAGCAGCUUCCGCGCACGCCAUCGGGACCGUCAAAUGUUUAGCCAUGGAUGUGCAAGCAUUUGAAAGGCUUUUGGGACCUUGCAUGGAUAUCAUGAAAAGGAACAUUGCGACCUAUGAAGAACAGUUAGUUGCCCUAUUUGGAACAAACAUGGAUAUCAUUGAACCCACUGCAUGAAGCAAAAGUAUGGAGCAAGAAGACCUAUAGUGACAAAAUUACACAGUAGUGGUUAGUCCACUGAGAUUGUGUUUGUGUAGAUGCCAAGCAUUUUCUGUGAUUUUUCAGGUUUUUCCUUUUUUUUUUAUUUUACACUUAACAACGUAUCAGUAAACAGAGUAGUGAUCUAAUAGUCAAUAUGCUUUAACAUCACUUUCUAAAAAGUAGAUCAUAAACACAUUGAUCAAAUGACUUUCUACUCUAUGAAAUUAUUGGACUGAGAGAUUGAUUCGAAUAAUUGUAAUAUAUUGCAAAUAUCUAUGUUUCAGAAGAUAAUGAAAGGACAUUAUCCAUAGGCAAUAGGUAUUCAUUUUGACUUGCUCAGAUUGGUAAGGUAGUGACUGUGCCCAUGUCAGAGGGAAUUUGGUAGUGAAUCAUGCUCCACAGCAUGGCAUCACAUUAUAUAUAUAUAUAUAUAUAUAUAUAUAUAUAUAUAACAAUUUUAAUCAAAAAUUUGUUUGUUUUCAAGUUUUUCUGGCUUGAUAAUUUUUGUGCUGGCUUUGGCCUAUUGGUGAAAUGGUAUAAAACAUCAUAUGCAAUUUUAAGACUUUAUAUUUUUGCAAUAAAGUACAUUUUGACUUCUUUGGCA